CCCGGCAAAAUUUGCGAAUUAAAAAAUCAACCGGUUGAAAGGCUUCUAUUCAAAAGCAAAAAGUACAAGAAUUACUGGAUUUUAUACAAAAUUACAAGCAUUCCAGAUUAUUUAUCCAAAGUCAAAGUUGAUGGAACUACCAGGAAAGUUAAUACGCCCUGGAGAAAAAUAAAUACAGAAUUUCCUCUAUCUCUGCGGUAAUAUAGCCCACAAAUAAAUCAUGUCAACCAACAGCUGAUACACGUGUCAACUGAUGCAGGGGGUUGAAUUUUUCAGGGGUUUUACUGGGAUGAGGGGUAUCUCCUGGGAACCAAGAGAUCAUGAGUGUCACCGAAGGGACCCAGAGUGGCGAACAAGGGCCUUAUUUGGAGGAGAGGAUUAUCGCUCUGAUUCGAGAGCUGCCAGUUCUGGGAGAACUAUUUAAUAUACAUUUUAAAAUCGGUGAGGGCACCUUCAGUUCCGUCUACUUGGCGACCCUGAAAGAAUCUGACUCUUCAAAGGAGUCCAAGAAAUUUGCUGUAAAGCAUUUGAUACCGACUUAUCCACCGGCUCGGAUCGAGAGAGAGUUGCAGUGUCUCCAGGAUAUCGGUGGUGCUGACAAUGUCGUGGGAAUCGAGUUCUGCAUUCGCAGUGGAGCUUCAGUUGCCUUUGUCAUGCCUUAUAUAAGACACACGAAAUUUUCUGAUUAUAUUCAUAAUAUGGGGGCAGUGGAGUUAAAACACUACAUUAGGGCUCUGAUGGUUGCUCUCCGGAAAGUCCACAUGUUUAACAUCAUUCAUCGAGACGUCAAACCGAGUAAUUUCUUGUACGAUAGGAGGAACAAAAGGUAUUUACUCGUCGAUUUUGGAUUGGCUCAGGUGUACAGGGAUGAGAAAAAAAAAAUCAGUGAGCCACCGCCUCUGGAAACGUAUUGCGUCAAGAGAAAACGAACUAACGAGAAUAAACGCCAGUUGCUGGAGGAAACGAAAAGACCUGGAGCCGAAAGCAAAUGCUACUGCUUUGGAAAAGCAAGAAUCUGCUCUUUGUGUUUGGCAAGACCGUCACAAGUUGCGUCCAGAGCUGGUACUCCAGGAUAUCGAGCUCCUGAGGUGCUGUUCAAAUGUCCUCAUCAAACUCCAGCAAUCGACAUAUGGGCUGCUGGAGUGAUAAUGCUCUGCAUUCUCAGUGCUACCCAACCCUUUUUUCGCUGUCCAGACGACUGCACAGCUCUUGCUGAAGUCACAACACUUUUUGGUACCGAAAAAAUGACAGCAUGUGCACGAAAAUUGGGAAAGAAAUUAAUCUGCAGUGAGCACAUGCCUGGGACUGAUAUAGUGUCUCUCUGCCAGAAGCUGCGAGCACGCGUGAAGAUUCCUCCAAAAGAUAACUCCAGAAAUGAUUAUCGAAAGACCGUUCUACUCGAGAACUUCCCCCCCGAAGCUUUCGAUUUACUGCUCAAACUCUUGGACGUCGACUACAAAUCUCGAAUCACCGCCGAUGACGCCUUAAACCACCCAUUUCUCAAACUGCAGUAAUGCACUCAGGGCCUCCAAUACG